AUGGCUUUCUCCCCAGCACCAACGUCGCCGACCAUGGGCAGCGCAGGAUACCCGGCUGCGAACAGCUCAUUCUCUCGCGGUCGUUCAAUCAGCCCUCCUUUUCAUAAUCCUGGGGGCCAUCUCCCUCUGUCCAAACGAGACAAGCGACGCUCCGCACUGCAGGAGCGCCUGCACGACCUUACGGCCUCCUUCGGCCAGAACAGGGACGCUCUGUUCCGUCAGCAGCUGCAUAUCUUGCAAUGUGACAUGACUCUGAUUAACAAUGCUGACCCCUACUCCCCCGGUCCGCUUCCCGAUUCACCGGACGAUAUCGCCAGGCUGAUCGAAGAGACUGUCGGCGGUGGCGGAAAGUUCGCUAAGGAUAUGGCUAGUCUUGCUGGGAGCUGGUAUGCGAAAUAUGUCCAGGAGAUUAAUCGGAUCAAGGAAGAUCGAGAUGCGGAGUUGGCGUUGCUAAUGCAUCGCCAUAAUAACAACCUCGAACGAUUCGAGCGCGAUAAAGCUUUCCGGGUCCAUUUCGCCGGCGAAGAGUACAAGCAGCUUUCCGCGACCCUACGAGAACGAUUGGUACAGAGCAUUUCCGGUAAGAAAACGCGCCUGAUGCGGGAGAAGGAGCAGUUGGACAUUGCCGACACCAACGCUCUUCUCCUGCACCCUAAUCAAUUCAGCAUCACCAACCCUGCCAGCCCCGGUGGCAUCCAUGGAAACCGCAAAACAAGGCACACGCGGCACCAUGUCGAUCUGGAUGAGCUGGGGAAUGGGAUCCUGUCAGAGAUCCACAGGCGAAAGAGGAAGGCGGCGGAUGACGAUGUGGGAUCUCCCGUGCGUGAUGCUGGCCACUUGUCACCAGCUGCGCGUACAAAGGCUUACUUGUCACAGCAGCAACAUGCGCCGACCUAUUCCAUCCAUUCCCUGUUUACCGAGAAGGAGCUUACCGCCCACGCCAACCAGGCCCACGUUGCCACGGUGCAUUUCUUCGCAGCCUCCCGACGUGAGAACAAGCAACAGCAACAACAACAUCACCACCACCACCACCACCACAACCAUCACAGUGGUGCAGGUACAAAUGGCAACAACACCGAUGCCGACGAUGCGUCCGGUGUCGGCGAUGGUACAGGACAAGAGGACAAUGGCACUCCGGCAACCGACAUGGUUCGAACCGCCAGCCAGAACUUCCACGCUACUCGAUCCACUCGCACGCAUGGCAAUGGAAGCUCUCUUAACCCGCUGGCGGAACUGUCCGACAAACCCGCGACUCGUCCGAACCUGCCGUACCACAUCCUUUCCAACUACCACGCGAGACCCAACAGCAGUGCACCGCCGCUCCCCGCGCUCAUGAAUGAAGAGAUUGACGACGACUGUGCGCGCAUGGACCGACUACAAUCCCGGCCGGCGGGCUGGGUGGAUCGAAACCUGGUCGAGCUCCUGGUGGAACCGUUCGUCAACGAGGUCGACGGCAUCCCACAGAACCCCGACCGGUUCAACAUGUUCCACCCCGACUUUCCGAUUUCCAGUGGGAUGCACCUAUAUCCACUGCGGGGCGGGAAGGAGGGUGAUGAGAUGUUUGGGCCCGCACAUGAUCGGAAGCGGCAAAGGAGGUAG